GAGGUUCCACGCCACGCCACAGCGGGUGGAGGAGGACCCGCCCUGGCUGCAGCCUUAGGGCUGGGACGAUCGGAACAGGGGCGGGUCGCACGGGUGCCCUCACCGCUAGCCGCCCAAUCGCCGCGGGCCCACGGAGCCCCGGGGGGCUGGGGCAGCGGGCGGAACGUGCCGCGGCUGCGCCGACGCGCGAGCGCGGGGCCGGGCCGGCGGGCGCGCUCAGUCUGGCGGCGGCGGCGGUGCGCGGACAGACAGACGUGUCGGGAGCGCAGUACAGUCCGCAGCUCAGCAGCCGGGCCGCGCCCGCCCGCCCGCCAUGGUGUCGUGGAUCAUCUCCAGGCUGGUGGUGCUUAUAUUUGGCACCCUUUAUCCUGCAUAUUACUCCUACAAGGCUGUGAAGUCCAAGGACAUUAAAGAAUAUGUCAAAUGGAUGAUGUACUGGAUUAUAUUUGCCCUCUUUACCACAGCAGAGACGUUCACAGACAUCUUCCUUUGCUGGUUUCCAUUCUAUUAUGAACUAAAAAUAGCGUUUGUAGCCUGGCUGCUGUCUCCUUACACAAAAGGAUCCAGCCUCCUGUACAGGAAGUUUGUUCAUCCCACACUGUCUUCAAAAGAAAAGGAAAUUGAUGACUGCCUGGUCCAAGCAAAAGAUCGGAGUUAUGACGCCCUUGUGCACUUCGGGAAACGGGGCUUGAAUGUGGCAGCCACAGCAGCUGUGAUGGCUGCUUCGAAGGGACAGGGUGCCUUGUCGGAGAGACUACGGAGCUUCAGCAUGCAAGACCUCACUACCAUCAGGGGUGAUGGCACCCCUGCUCCCUCAGGCCCGCCUCCACCAGGGACUGGGCGGUCCAGCAGCAAGCAUGGCCAGCCCAAGAUGUCCAGGAGUGCUUCUGAGAGUGCUGGCAGCUCAGUGUGUACCUGCUGCUCCACCUGCCGGACCCGGAAAGUGGUUGAGGGAGAAGUGAAUGAGGGUGGUGUGAAGUCAUGGGAGCCCCACCAGGUCCAAAGCCCACUGGCGUUUUCUGACGAGGAGGAGGAGGAGGACCUGUUGGAGUUCAUGUACAUGUACAAGGCACCUAGGCGGACGGAGUUGCCCCUGGAGGCACCGCCUAGAACCCUUCGGUCCCGCUUCAGGAAGAAAAGUACCUCAUCCUCGGCCACCGAAACCACGUCAGUGAGAUGAGCCAACAGCACCGGACCCACAGACGUCUCCCUCUGCCUUAAAGAGCUAGUCACUAGUGACAGGGAAGUGCGCAGGCUGGGUGUGCUUUGAGUGUGCAGCCUCGCAGACAUGGCCCUUACUCCUCCCCUCUUCUGCCUUUGAGAAUUUUCUGUUCUUCCCUUUUUGUUUCUGGGGGAGAGGCUAAAGGGAAAAGGUGGUGGUGGAGGGUCACCUUUCUGUCUUCUGGGAUUAGUUAUUUUCCGCAGUUGAAUCGUCAUUGUGGCCACAAUGUUUUUAGACAUAUAAGCACUCCUACCCUGCUGCUGAGAUGGACGUUUGUAAUUUAUUUGUUGCAUAGUUUUUAGUCCUGUACAUGCAAACGAAGUGAUCUUUUUAAAAACCCUUUCUGUUGUUCUUGGUACUAAUACAUUGGACUAUGAUGUAUAUAUUACGGCUUUUAGCUUACUGUAAUGAACUUGCAAGGGCUGCCAGAGAUUCUGGUAAGUGAGAGAGCUGCAAAAACCAGAGAUGUAGGCAAAUACUUUGAUUCUAGACAAUGUCUCAACCUGCUUACAAAGCCGGUGCCUGUAGGGCAUGCCUUCUGCUGGAAGAUGGCCUUCGUUCUUCAAGUGGCUGUGCAGCCCGCAGAGCAGAGCUGAGCCAGGAGCGCAGGGUCUCAACCACAGGAAGGAAGGUUGCUGAGUCAGGGAAGAGGUUCAAGAUCAGAAGCUUCUGAGGCCACUGGACCUGCCUUGGGCAGGCAGGUGGCUCACCCUUAGCAGAACCGUUUGCGGGGCAAGGAGACUCAGCUGCCGGAAGAAUUCCAAGUAUCUCAGAAACACUUGGCAAGAGUAUUUCUCCUUCAGGGACCAGUGCUGUGGCUAAUUUCUCCAGGAGGAAGAGCCUGCAUCUGAGCGCCUUGCUUUAGAGAACACUAAG